CUUAGAGCGACACAAAUAUGGAUUGUUUGAAAGUUCAUUAAGAAACUUGGCUGCAGAUGAGGAGCAGUUUAACAAGACAUUAAGAAUGCCCUUUUCGUUAUUUAAUGUGCUGCACGAAUUUCUGGAGGCUUCGCUGACCAAAUAUUCAAUCAGAACACCAAUAUCGAGUCGCUGCAGACUAUUUAUAACCCUGAUAUAUUUGGCUCACGGUGGCACUCGGCAAUUCCACACAAUAGUUCACAGGAUCGGCCUGACGACUUUCAGGAAGAUUACGUUGGAGACAUGUAUGACCAUAUGGGAUCUGUUAGCUGACCUGUAUGUGGCGACCCCGUCAGAAACGGAAUGGGGACGUAUUUCCAAUGAGUUCAAGUCGCUGUGGAAUAUGCCCAACUGCGUUGGUUCCAUCGACGGAAAGCACAUUAAUAUUACCUGUCCAGCAAAUUCAGGGUCGAUGUACUAUAAUUACAAAGGCAAUUAUAGUAUAGUGCUUUUGGCCGUAUGUGAUGCCAAUUAUACCUUUACCUGCGCCGUAAUUGGCAUGAAUAUUUCACAAGUCAUUAAAAUUAUCUUUUGUUCAAGGCCUGUAGUAAAAUCGCCCAACGUUGAAGGCGAUGUAGCGUCAUCACUGGCAGUCUUUUACAUGGAUGAAAUAAUGUCGUUAACGCUUGAUGGUCCGUGA